GAUAAUCAGUUCUUCGUAAGUCUGCUCUGAAAACCCAGACAUGUCUCUGUUAUUUUCUUUUGCACUGGUUGUACUGCCUUUCCUGCCUGGAUUUGAUGGCUUUUCGUGGCAUACCCAAAGGGAAUGUCGGUACAGCUCCGAGGACCUGAAAGACAUUGAGUUUAUCCACAGGUACAUUUAUAACAAAUUAGAGCAGGUAAGAUACAACAGCACUCUGAACAAGUUUAUUGGGUACACGGAACUUGGAGUGAAACACGCAGAAAAAUGGAAUCAAGAUGGAACUGCAGACCAAACUCACACCAACGUGGAUGGGUACUGCAGGCCCAAUGCUGAGCUGUACUUUAAGAACAUACUUUGGCAUACAGUUGAACCUUCUGUAGAGGUUUUAUCUGUAAAAUCUGGCAGUCAGAGACACUCCACUAUGCUGGUGUGCAGUGCAUAUAACUUCUACCCGGAGGGAAUCAAACUGACUUGGCUGAGAGAUGGGAAGGAGGUGAAGACUGAUGUGACUUCCACUGAAGAGCUCUAUGAUGGAGACUGGUACCAUCAGAUACACUCUUACCUAGAGCUCACACCCACAUCUGGAGAGACCAUCGCCUGCCAGGUGCAGCACAGCAGCCUUCCAAAGCCCAAGAUCUACAACUGGGAUCCCUCAAUGUCUGAUGGAGACAGAAACAAGGUGAUCAUUGGGACUUCUGGACUGGUUUUGGGACUGAUCCUCUCACUUGCUGGAGUGAUUUACUACAAAAAGAAAUCAACAGGUAGAAUCCUGGUGCCAACAAGUUAAGAUAUCCUCAAAUGUCAAAUGGAGAGCAGCUUUGUGGAACUGAGAGGACAGACUUUAUCUUUCAUUACAAUUACUGUUACUUUUUGGCAGUUGGUUUCAUUUUUUUUUUUUUUUUUUAAAUUUUCAGCACAGGUGGAAAUGUUGGAAUUAAUAUGUAAAAUAGGUGUAACAAGAAGGUGACUGGGUAGGAUUGCUUUGUUUUCUAACAAUUUUUAUUCACAUCGUGCGCCUGUUUUUUGAGAGAUAAAUUGAGGAACAUUAGUUUUAGUAGGAACCACAAAUGUCCAUGUAAUUCAUAUUAAAUUUGUCUUCAUGUUUUAAUCUGAAAAUUUGUUUUGAUAAGAGUAUUGUAAAAUAUCUGGGUUGUGUUUUGUCAUACUUUUAAAGGAAUCUUUUAACUUUUUAGGUUAAUUUUUAUGAUAUAAUUAUCAAGUAGCAAUGCCAUUACACUUAUACUGCUGAACUGUAUUAAUUUUGUAUUUUACAACCUUUACAACUAAAUGCAUAAGAUACAGGGUCUUGGUAGUCAUGGUAGUUUUCAGAAUUGUUAUAGAAUGCUUAAUUUUUCCUUUAUUACACAGUUUAGCUCUGUCCAGUGAAAUUGUCCACAGUCAGUUACCUAAAGAAUGUGAUCAGACUAUGUGCGGCAGGGUUUUGGGUAAUCCUUGAGAAAAAACAACAUGAAUCACUUUGACAUCCCUGUUCUGACAUUAGCAGUGUUUCCAUUUCACUAUCAGUUCUAUUGAUUAGUGUAUGAAAAUUGUUUAGUGAAUCAGGACACAGUGUGUGUGGGGAUAUAUGUUUGCUGUUGCUCCAAAGGACAAUAUAGAAGUUAUGAACAUAAUAGUCUGAGAAAAUAUUAUGAAGGAACUAGUUAGUAAUAGAUUGGUCAGGCAAUGCUAUUCUUAUAUGGAAGCAUUUUCUAUUGUAAAACACAUGAAUUAGCUUCAGAAUACUCAAAAUUCAUCUUAGUAAGUCAUGAUAUUUUUAAUAUACUGGAAAUAAUGCAAGAGGGGGGCGUGGUGGCGUUGGCUGGGUCCUGCUCUC